AUGAAGAUCGUGGCUCACCAGCUAGCUUCGGCGUUGCUUGCAGGCACGCAGUGGUCGAGCGUUGCAGCGGCUCAGGGGUACAACUUCACCGACGAGCAGUUGCGCAACGCGAACCGCUCGCUAUCCAUCGGCUACGUGAGUGCAGCCCAUACCGGAGAGCCCAGUAGCUCAUAUCCGCACCAGGUGCUCUAUACCGGGUUCACAAUGCUCGACGUGUUCGGCCCUCUGGAGCUUCUCUGGGAUAUAUCCCAGACCUACAACGUGACCCUCUCCAUCAUCGCCAGCGAGGCCGGUCCGGUACACAGCCGAUCGCCGGCCAUUCACAGCCCCAACGGCGCCCUGGUCGACACCUCGCCCUCGCUGGACGUCCAGGCCGUCGCGACGCACACUUUCGCCUCGGCGCCGCCGCUCGACGUGCUCGUCGUCCCGGGUGGCUUGGGCGUCUACUACCUGACGGAGAUUGGCGACACGCAGAUCGAGGACUUCAUCGCGUCGCGCUUCGCGACGACCGAGUACGUGCUGUCCGUGUGCGUGGGCUCAGGCCUGCUGGCCCGGGCGGGCGUUCUUGCUGGCCGUCGCGCUACGACUAAUAAGUCUGCGUGGGACACGGUGGUCAAGUACGGGCGUAACGUGACCUGGGUGCCGAGCGCGCGCUGGGUACACGACGGCAAGCUGUGGACGAGCUCGGGCGUGCAGGCAGGUAUGGACAUGAUGGCGGCGUUCCUCAGACAUAUCUACGGCGACCCCGUGGUGAGCAACGCGGUCAAUAAUGACGAGUUCGUGCCGCAUGUGGAUCCGGAUUGGGAUCCUUUUGCUGUGCUCUUUGAUGUCCCGGGCGCCAACACCAAUCGCUCUCUUGUGGACUGUGCCGGCCCCUUGGACUCGUAUCCAGGGUAUGGAUAG